AUGAGUUUCUCAAUUAGACCAAUCCAGGCUUCCGACAAGGACGAGUGGCUUGCCCUCUGGACCGGACCAGACUCCUACUUGGAGUUCUACGAGUCCAUUGACAAAGUUACCGACGAGGCAACAAACACAACCUUUGACAGAUUUCUCGACGACGCCGAGCCUGUGUGGGCUGCAGUGGCUGUCAAUGAUGAGGGGAAGCUCAUUGGGUUUGCGACGUACUUGACCCAUAGAAACACAUGGAAGGUGGAAAACACCCUUUAUCUCAAUGACUUGUUUGUUCAUCCAAAGGUGAGAUUGGGAGGAGUUGGAAGAGCCCUCAUUGAGUACGUUUACAAGAGAGCGGAUGAACUUGGAUGUGGAAAGACGUACUGGAACACUCAGUUUGAGAACCACAGAGCGCAAUUAUUGUACACGAAGGUUGGAAAGAAGAGUGGCUUUUUGCUGUACAUUCGUCCAUAG